AUGGCGAUGCCAGAAGGUUCCGCCAAGAUGCUGCGCAUCUGGACGGCGUCAGGAAGAGAGGUGGUCCUUGCCAAGGAUGACGUCAGCGAUGUACGGACCUUGAAACAACGUCUCCAAAGCAAGUUCAAGCUCUCACGAUUCAGACAGAGACUUGUACAUGACGGUCGAAGCUUGGAUGAUGAAUGCGCCGCGGUGGACUUGCCAGACGAUCUGCAGUUGGUCCUGCUAUCCUUCUCUGAAGCGUCGGAAGAGCAAGCUCUCGAGCUCAUCACGGCUGCUGGACAUGGCAACGUUGCAUCUGUUGAAGAAAUUCUCCAACGACCACAAGACCCCAACAGACUCGUCCCUGAUGCGGCUUUUCCGAGGCUUCCCCAUCGAAGCCAGACAGCUCUCGCCUGUGCUGCCUGCAUGGGCCAUCGCGAAGUUGUAAGGCUGCUAUUAGAGGCAUCUGCUGACAAAGAGGGCCAUGGAUGCUUCGGUCUCGAUCGGGGCUGCUUUGGUCCGGCUCUUGUCUUGGCAGCAUGCAGAGGACAUCUGGACGUUGCGCACCUUCUGUUGGAAGCAGGUGCCUUGAAAGAGGCCACGGGAACCUUCUACAGCGCAUUCUACCGGUACGACGCAAUGCCCCUGAUUGCAGCCAUCGAAGGAAAUGACGGAAUACGCCGCCAGGGUGGUAUUGAAGGUCCGGAUGAUACCAGCAUGAAGAUGGUACGGCUUUUGUUGGAGGCAGCUGCCAACCCAAACUCCUCGGUCUCUUCAUGCUUCGUGGAACAUGAUGCCAGACCCUUGGUCGCGGUAUGUCAAGCUGGACACCUGGAAGCUGCACGAGUUUUGUUGGAGGGCAGUUUCGCUGGUGAUGCCGGGCCAGCUCAAUUGCAUCUCGCUCCGGCGCUCGUCGCGGCAGCAUCGGGAGGACAUAUGGAGAUCGCGCGACUGCUUGUGCAGGCCGCACCGCCCAAGCUGGAUGCCUGUCACAAUGCGAUGCCCCAACAAAGAACUAGCCUUUCUGUGCUCACACCUCUUUUUUCUGCAGCCUCCUGGGGUCACGUCGGCAUUUCGGAUCUGCUGUUGAAGGCAAGCGCGCACCACGACAAAGUCUGCGGAGAUCAUGGGAUAACAGCUCUUUCAGCAGCCGCUGGCAAAGGGCACGCAGAGACGGUGCGUUUGCUGUUGGGAGCGGCCCAGGGCCGUGGCGGCAACCCCGGGAAGACUGCAGAUGAGCUGAUGUCAUUGACAGAACCAAACCUUACUGACAGCCACAUGACAGAGCUUCAAUCAAGCUGGGUAAGAGCUCGAGCAAAAUCGUAA